UGCGCAUGGGCGGAGAAGCGGCCUCUGUUAUUAUUGUAAGAAUAAUUUCACUUAUGAAAAUGGCGGCGAGUCAGGGAGGUGUGGGAGCCGUAACGGCUCUUCAAAGCCAUCACUAUUCGAACGGACCUCACUGGAACCCGGGCCUUCUACAGCAUCAGCACCAGCUACACACUGCCCGGAGCUUGGACCGCGCUUUGGAUGAUGCCGUAUGCUCGGGGAUGUUGAAUAUUAGCGGCAGGAAAUUGAGGGACUACCCUGGGCUCAACUACGAUCUCACCGAUACCACACAAGCAGAUUUGUCAAAGAACCGCUUCACAGAGAUCCCUCCUGAGGUGUGUCUGUUCGCUCCGCUGGAGGCUCUGAACCUCUACCACAACUGCAUCAAAUGCAUCCCCGAGGCCAUCGUCAACCUACAGAUGCUCACCUACCUGAACAUCAGUCGGAACCUCCUGUCCACAUUGCCAAAGUACCUGUUCAACCUUCCGCUCCGGGUGCUGGUGGUCAGCAACAACAAGCUGGUGGCCAUUCCCGAAGAGAUCGGCAAAGCCAAAGACCUCAUGGAACUGGACAUAAGCUGUAAUGAGAUUCAGGUGCUGCCCUCUCAGAUAGGGAAAUUACUGGCCUUACGAGAACUCAACAUCAGGAGGAACUGCCUUCAAGUGCUACCAGAUGAGCUGUCAGAUCUUCCUCUCAUCCGUCUGGACUUCUCCUGUAAUAAGAUCACAGAGAUUCCCACGUCCUACAGGAAACUGAGGCAGCUUCAGCACAUUAUUCUCGACAAUAACCCCAUGCAGUCUCCACCCGCACAGAUCUGCCUGAAGGGCAAAGUUCACAUCUUUAAGUAUCUGAACAUCCAGGCAUGUCGCACGGACAAGAAGCCAGACUCCCUCGACCUGCCCUCCCUCGGGAAACGCUGCCUACCUCCACCUUUAACAGACAGCAUGGAGGAUUUUUACCCCAGUAAGAACCACGGCCCUGACUCAGGAAUUGGCAGCGACAACGGGGACAAGAGGCUCUCCACCACAGAGCCCUCGGACGACGACACCGUCAGUCUGCACUCGCAGGUGUCCGAGACAGCAAGGGAGCACGGCAGGGCGGAUACACACUCUCUACUAGUCAAGCUGGACUGUGGCAAAGUAGCAGAUCAGGACCCUUAUGACUUCAUUGACCCAAACCAGGAGGAGGAGGCAGCCUUGUCAGAGGGAGAUGUACAACAGAGCACCUCCUUUGUCUCCUGCAUAAAAGAACUUGAAAAGGUUCUCAACAAAUCACACCAAAGCAAAGACAAGGAGAACGGGAAAGAGGAGUCAGGCUCAGAGAAAGAGCAGCUUGCUGAGGAAGAGGAGGAUGAAUUGAAGGAGGUGCUGGAUCUGAGGAAGAUUGCAGUCCAGCUGCUACAGCAAGAGCAGCAGAACAGACGCCGGUCCUUAAUUUGUAGAGCUGAGAGCCUUAUCCACCGCAGGAGGGCUGCAGGCCGUGCUCACAGAUUUCUUAGUCAUUCUGGAGGAAGCAGCAAACAGAGGUCACCUUCUCAAGCCGUCCGGAGUGCGUCAUUGGAUGAGGGAAGCAGCUCUGCCUCACCUUUGAGUGGACAGGAUGCUGAUCUCACCGAUGAGGACACAGCAUUUUCUGAGCCAUCCACUUCCUGUUCAUUUGACGGUAGCCUGAAGUCUGAGAACAGCAGCUCGGAGCCUAAGUGGCCCGAGGUGCCACCAGUGCUGAAUCAGAAUGAGGACCGGCGCAGGAACAAGUACCUGAGGAAGGACUACCUGAAGUACAAGUGCCAGAGUGCCCGAAGAAAUUCCAGUGGCCAUGAUGAUUGUGAGGACGGAGUACGGGCAUCUGAUUUUACCACUGCACUCACUGUGUUUGGCCUGAAGCCCAGAUCAGCUUUCUCCCGAGGAAGCCGGCAGGAGUACAACACCAUCGACCCCAGCUUCACAAUGCGGAGGAAGAUGGAGCACCUGAGAGAAGAGAUGGAACAGAUACGCCUCCUUCGACAGAAUCUGGAGUCCAGGCUGAAGGUCCUGUUGCCAGAUGACGUUGGGGCAGCGUUGAUGGACGGUGUGGUGCUAUGCCAUCUAGCAAACCAUAUCAAGCCUCGCUCUGUGGCCAGUAUCCACGUGCCCUCUCCUGCAGUGCCAAAACUCAGCAUGGCCAAAUGUCGUCGGAAUGUGGAAAACUUCCUGGAUGCCUGCAAGAAACUUGGUGUGCCACAGGAUAAGCUGUGUCUGCCUCACCACAUCCUGGAGGAGAGAGGCCUGGUGAAGGUGGGAGUGACCAUUCAGGCUCUACUGGAGCUACCAGUCUCCAAGCCCCCCCAGCUGUCUACAAUGUAGCCCCCAGUGCCAGCCCCUCACCCACACACACACCACCACCACCACCACCAUCAUCAUCAGUGUGCUUUCUCUCCAGACUCUGUUGUACUCCAUCACCAUUUGAGGUGGCUAACACAGCACACGCUACGAUAACAAGGGGUGAGAGGUCUGCAGAAACCAUCCACCCAGCCGCCACUGGUAGACACACUGACUAUCUGCACUAGACCUCAGUGACCCACCGGUGACCUCUCCACCGUCUUACAUUUACCACACCUCCUGCUAGUCUGCCAAGUGCCGGGUCGCACCCCAGGAGUCCCUCUGGAGGAGAGACCCGUGAUCUACUCUGCCCUCCGCUGUGGGCUGGUCAGCCCCUCGGACUGAGGCAAAGGCCCCCUCUGCAAUCCGAACUGUCCCUCGCCCUCCCAAAGCUGGUUGAAUUUGGAGCGAGUGCCUGCCUGCACCCUCCUGCAUGACGUCAGCUGGACUCCACCAAGCACGUCUCUCGCCUCUACCCACUGUACGUGGGAGCGUGUGUUGGUGAGAGUGUAUGUGUGUGUGUGUGCAUGUGUGUGUGUGUGUGUGUGUGUGUGUGUAACUGUGUAAGAAAGACAGACAGGUGAACAUGUGGGGGGAUUUGGGAGUGUUUGUAGCCAUGAUUGUAAUAGUUCAGGCUUUUAUUUCAGAGGAUGACAAGAAAACAGAAACAAACAAAAUAAACAUCAUAAAGACACAUAAUGACAGACAUGGCAUAGGACAGAGAAAGGUCACUGACUAUCUGCGAAUGUCUACAACAGCAAAAUAGUUUCACCAUGGCAAUCUGUCUUCCGAUGAAUACUUAUGUGACAAUAGAGAUCUUUGCUGUGCAAAACAAAGAUUUUAGAACGCUAUGCUCUAAGAUAUUUGCCGUGCACAGUGCUGGGUAGAUGUGGAAUUGAAGCAAGGUUGGUCUGAAUCCUGAAAGACCAAUUCUGUACAGUCAAAGGUUCUCCCAACGGGAACUGCAUGCAAGCAUACUACCUAUAGUUAUACAGACACUCAAAACUCAUUUUUUAAAUCAACAUUUUUAAUCCCUAGUUUUUAAAGUGUUUUAUUUGCCAGGAACAUGUCUCCUAUUUUAUAUUUCUCAUAUCAGAACAGGCCUACAACUGCCAUGUUACCGCCCCCAGUUGCCAUGGAUACCGUAGCUGAAACGCCCCCCGUGGGGGAAAAUGUUCGAUUUAUCUAGCGAUUUUGCCCAUUGACUCUAAUUGUGUGCUGUUAGCAUGUUUUCUCCCAACGUGGGGGCAGUAACCUUUCUGCCAACUGUAUCUAUAGUGGCGGUGAAAUAGUCCAUCCAUGUUGUGCAGUGCACACACACACAUAAAUUCACAUGCAUAUAAACACCCUCUUCACACACACACGAGGUGCACAAGAGUCACAUUAUGCUGGCGUGCUGUGUUGAUAUUGGCUGUGUUUAGAUUGCUGUCACCUUAAGAACCAGAGGGCAAAACUGGGAAUGAUUGCCAGUGUGAAACGGUUUUGUCUCAUGAUUGAACAAGUGGUGCAGUGUGUACAGGACAGUGAGUGUGUGAACACACCAAUACUGAGAUUAUGGUGUUCAUGCUUUAUUUCCUUUUCUUUUCCAUCUUGAUGUGCUGGUUGUGUGCUUUGGCAUAAGAAACAGUACAUUGUGCACAGGGAAUAGUGUGGUGUGCUCCAAGCAAUGUGUCUCUUGUCAUAUUUACCUUUUGGAUCAUUUCCAAAAGGUUUGAUUGGGAUCAGUUUUUUUUAUAUAUGUCAGUGGUUUUGUACAGUAUGUAUCUACUGUACAUGACUGCAAGCCCAGGUGCCUUGGGCAGCACUCAAGCAAACACCACCAAAAUGUGUGGACCGCCAAAACGCUUAAGGAUCUUUUUUUCUCCCAGGAUACGAAAUUAUGUGUGCGGAAUUAUGUACAUCAAAUGUUUUAUUUUACUGGUUGUUAUUCUUUACUGCAGUUGAUGUGGUUUUGUUUGCUUUGUUUCUUUGAAGUUGUUUUUGUAUUUUUGAUGAACCUCCACUCUUAUGGUCUUUUUAGCUUUAUCCUUGUCAGUUUGAAAGUUACAAGUACAAGUGGAACACGAAUCCUGGUUACAGUAUUCCUGAAAGCCCUCCCAGGGUGCAUUAUUUUUCAGAUUUCCCCUGCCUUUGAGCUGUGUCGGUUUGCUUGGUGGCCUGCUUUGUUGCAUGGGCCACCCAGUCUUCAGACAUAGACCUGAGAGAGAGAGAAAGAGUGUGUGUAUGUGCUAUGUGCAUGUAUGAGUCUACUUAGCCUUCAGAUGUAAUUUCUUUCUAAGCGGGUCAUAUAGCUCAGUGGUUUUGACCAUGUCCUGACCUCAAGGUUUAGUUAUUCUUGGUCAUUCAGCAGGAUAUGAAUCAGCGAGAGAAAAAGGAGUCAGUGCUAAAUCAACACAUUCCUUUUGAUGUCUCAUAUUUUACUUAAUUUAACACUAGUACAGUAUUUUGUUUCUCCAGUGCUGUGCACAUGGUAUUGGGCAUCUACAGUAUGAGAUGGGUAGAUAAAAAUAAUUUUUAUUACAAAAAUAGCCCAAUCAAUGACAUUUUUGCAUCUGGAAAAAAGCUCCAGAACUAGUAUAACAUGAGACUGUCUAGAACAGCUGUAGCUGUAGCCCUCUGUGUGUAGGUGUGUGUACUGUAUGUGUGUGUGUGUGUGAGAGAGAGAGAGAGAGAGAGUGUAUGUGCAGGUGUGUGUCCAGUUUGUGUUCUUCAUAUGCAUUACCUCUAGGUUCUCCAUGACAGCUGUUGUCAUAACCACCACAGGCGUCUUUUCCAGUGUGCCAUAAUGUUCUUGUGAGAACAACCACAAGUAGUGUGUUCCAUCCACUGCCUUCGCUCAUUCCUCUGGACAACCGUGGCCAUUUCAUUUACUCCCACACACUGUACAUGAUUUCUUAGUCUUAGCCUUUUUUUUGCACUGUCAAGCUGCCUUCACUGACACUGGAAAGACUUUAAAAAUGUUUCCCGUCUGCUCAGGCCCACUGUGAAGUAGUUCUAGAGCAGAUCUGGUCUCUGGUGCUGGCACUGUUCUGCAUGCCUGGAGCCAGAUCAGUCGCUACCAGAACCAACAGGUGAGUGAGACUUCUCUUCACAAAGGAAAGUGAUCAGACCUGCCACCUCAGUCAUGUAUUCCCUUUCACUAGAGUUUUUUUUUUCAUGUAAAUAUAUUUAUUCCAUUUUGUUUUAUAUUUGGAAGAGAUGCCGUUUGCCUACACUAUAUGGCUGAGUGCAUUCAAAUGUGUUGUGUAUAUAACUGUUUUUUUAUGAAACGGAUUGAUUGCAUGUCUGGACUCCAUCAAACCCUUCUAUGUGUACAUAUUCUCUGUAUAAAAUACUAGGAGGUUCUUUAAAAAAGUUUCAAGUUGAAAAAAAAAAGAGAAUAAAAUGGUCUUUUCCACAU